UCCAUUAUUACCCGGUUGGGGCAAAAUGGAUCUUGCGCAGUAACCUGCAUGUGUGUAAAAAGCAGGUAAAAAUAACCUAGCUGGGCGAAAAAGAGAAGGGAAGCCUCUGCUAACCAAUUAUAAGGAAUAAGAGCUAUCUAUAACGCCGCUGAUUAAGAAGAUGCCGUUUUUUGGAAACACCUUCAGUCCAAAGAAAACCCCUCCUCGCAAGUCUGUUUCUCUCUCCAAUCUGCACACGUUGGAUCGGUCUACGAGGGAAAUAGAGUUGGGUCUUGAAUAUGGAGCCCCUGUAAUGAACAUCGGGGGGCAGAGCUUGAAAUUUGAAGAGGGACAAUGGAUUGCAGAGUCUGGAGGGAAUGCAUCAGGGAAGGAGGUGCAGAGACUAAAAAAGAGGAACUUACAGCUUGAAGAGGAGAACAACUUACUGAGGCUGAAGAUUGACCUCCUGUUGGACAUGUCCAUCUACCUGACAGGUGUGGCAUAUCUUGGCAAAGAUUCAGCGCCUCAGUACAAGUAGGCAUAGUGGAGCUCCGUGGCCUGGUAUGAAUGGACGGCGCCUCUGACGAGUAACCAGCUAUAUCCUUAUUUAGUUUGUGGGCAGUUAGACAUUGAUGGGGGCACAGUUAAGUAGCUUACAAUGCGUAGACCUAUAUUUAAAUCAUACCUGGCUUGCAAAUCUUUAGAAAUGGUAGGAGCAAUUGUAAAUUGGCACUCCACGUGAAAAAGGUUACUGACCCCCUGCUAUAAACUACUGUAUAUGAAGCCACCCUUGUGGCUUCCGGUCUGCAUUAUUCACCAGGGAAGAGAAACAUUUUGUGAAUGUUGAUACAACGCUUCAAUAAGGCAGCUCAGACAAUAUUCAUUGUAACAGUAUCCAACGAGGGGGCGGCUCGCUCAGAUUUUUCCACCUGCCAGCUAGUCUGAUAGUGCAACUACUGCGUAGGCAACACAAUAUCUGGGUGCUGAUUUACAUAUUUUUAAACUGCCAUAAAUCCACACUACAGCUAAAUAACUUAGCAAUGUUUAAUGAUCUUGCCAGCUGGAUUGAUCUGUAAGAAUAUCACAUUUUAAUUUAGAAAGAUGGAUGACCAAGAAUGAGAAUAUGUACAUAAGUAUAUGGAUGAGCGAUGGCCGAGCGGCAUAGGCAAGGUGCAAUAGAUGGUA